UAAAGAUACUGCAUGGUGGGAAAGUGAAUGUUUCUUAGAAGUUGAAGCUAUCAAUUUAAGAAUGAUGAAUUAUUCCGUCAAUGACAAUGGCUCGAACAUUUCAGAACUCCUCCAACCGCUCUGUGUCACCUACAACCACAGCACUUUCCCACCUCUGCGACUGGAAUCCAAAUCCCUGGUCACUUCAGCCACUAUGUUCGCCGUUGGAGUCCUGGGGAACCUCAUUGCCAUUGUUGUGUUGUGCAUCUCAAAGAAAGAACAGAAGGAGACCACUUUCUAUACGCUGGUUGUUGGAAUGGCUGUCACGGACAUGUUGGGCACCUGUUUCACCAGCCCGGUGGUUAUCGCCACCUACAUAGUCCAGAGGUGGCUCGGCGGGGAACUACUGUGCGAUUUAUUCUCCUUCUCUAUGCUCUUUUUCGGCUCUGCUGGAAUGUCCAUCCUGUGCGCCAUGGCAGUUGAACGAUACUUGGCCAUAAACUACGCAUACUUUUACUCUCAAUAUAUUGACCGGACAAUGGCGCGUUUCGCGCUCAUGGGCAUCUACCUGGCCAACAUUGUGUUGUGCAUCAUGCCCAGCUUUGGGUUCGGGAAGCACAUGCGCCACUUUCCGGGCACUUGGUGUUUCUUGGACUGGAGGGCGACGGACCCCCUCGCCGCCUCGUAUUCGUUUCUUUACGGUGGGUUCAUGUUGCUGUUGAUUGCGGUGACAGUUCUGUGCAAUUUCGCAGUGUGUCUGUCACUUGUGAGGAUGAGCCAGAAGACGCGGAUAGUGAGAGCGAAAGUGUCCGCGCACGGUGGCUCAAAGCGCGGGUUCCUGCCCUCUGUCACCAGCCUGUCCGCGGCUGAGAUCCAAAUGUUCUGGCUGCUAAUAUUUAUGACCAUCGUUUUCCUGGUGUGCUCCAUUCCUUUAGUGGUGCGCAUCUUUGUAAACCAGCUGUAUGGUCCUGCGUACAUCUGUGCUGGAGUGAAACCGGAUUACUGGCGUGAUCUGAUGGCCAUCCGCUUUGCAUCUUUCAACCCCAUUCUGGACCCCUGGGUCUACAUCCUCUGUCGGAAGAACCUGUUUUUUAAGGGCUGUGAGAGGAUGAGGAAUACAGUUGGAAAAGUCAAGGCGGGGCCCGGGCCUAAUUUAGUCUGUCUUGGCACUGGCAGUCAACAUUCACACCUGUCAUUUGAAUGCACUAACGAGACCAGUUAUGUGUCAUUAUGCACAACCAACUACAGAAAUGAAUUCGAGAACCAGGUUAGCACCAAAAGUAAAUCGUUUACAGACAUUACCAUGCGACAAGCCUGGGACUUUGACACAGCGCGGGAUAACUUCCAUCCGUUUAGUGUCGACCAAACUGCCGUGCUCAGCUUCCAGGCGGAACUUGAUGUGGUGUCCAAACCGGCCAUGAUGGCGUCAAUGCUCGGAGGCAGUAAGGCGCUUCCGGCGAAGUGCGCACCAGCAGGUCUCCAUAGGCAUGUCAGUAAAGUGGACAUAGUCACCUGCACCUUCAGCGCACCGAGCUCCUGUCACACGGAUGAAUGCCUCUGA